GAUCGUUAAUUAAAUUGAUAAAUGUUCAAAUUUAAUUAGAAAUUGGUUUUUUAAAUUAUCAAAUUUAAGUAAAGAAAUUUAAAACCGUUCUUUAUUUGUAACAAGUAUGUAAUUUGUUUUUGUUGACAAAGCAUAUUUCAAUUUUGCAUUAUUUCUAUACAUAUUUUUUUUCAUUUUAAACUUUGUUUACUAAAGCAAAAUCAUGCAAAUAACGUGGGAAAUGUUUAUGAUGGAUAUCUCAGUUCUGAAAGAAAAAUCUGACAGCCUAAACGACGGCUGGGAGAUCAAAGGAGAUCCUUCGCAAGUCGGCCUGGCUUAUCUUUUCAAAACUUUAAAGAAACCUUUAAAGCCCUCGAUGCCUCUAUCGUGUUGCCAAGAACUUGAAGAUGCCAGUUUAGAGUUAAAGCAACUAGAUUUUGCCUCAAAAUCUGCAUCAAACUCUUCAGAAAUGGUUGUUUUUGAGUAUCACAUUUUGUACAGCCUUAGUUACGGAGUUCCCGUUUUAUAUUUCAAUGCGUGGAAAUCCGACGGGAGUUUGCUUGAGAUCGAAAAGGUCUGGGAUUUAGCCUCUAGUCCUUACAAAGAUGCAGUCAAGGAGUCCAAAUGGGGGGCUGUCUCACAGCAAGACCACCCUAUUAUUGGCAAACCGUACUUCUUUUUCCAUCCCUGCAACACUGCGAGGCUUUUGGAAGAUGUUUGCAGUGGAGAUCCCAAAUCGAACAGAGUCUUGGCUUGGCUUAGCUUGGUCGCACCACUAGUUGGAUUGUCCAUCCCUUAUAAAUUUGCCAAAUAAACUGCGCAUCAGAGCAUAAUAAUUAAAUAAUAAAUUAAUCUCAAAAUUUUAAAAUUCUUUCACUUU